GGACAGACGCUCGAUAUAACGAGCCGCGCGUGAACCGGAGGCUGCUGGAGUCUUCCCUGUCCCCGCCCAGCAAGUCAUUUUUCUGCAGAGACGCAAAGAAAUCUGGAGCGAAGGGGACCAGGAAUUCUGGACAUGCGCAGUGGCAGAGAAUUCUCCCAGGAGCAAUGUUAAUGACAGUACUGUAAAAUUACAUUGUAGGGGGGAAAACAAAUACAAUCAGAUACUGUGCUUCCCAUCCUCCCCCUUGCAGGCUUCUAGUAAUAUGCAGCAAGUGGAAACAGCCUUCUGUAGCGCCAUCUUAGAUAUUGACAAUGCACCAGUGGUGAAAUGCUAUCAUAUUUGGAAGAAGGAAAUCUACCUUGUAAACACAUUCAAUGUGGUAGCAUCACUAUUUUGGUAUCCUGGGAAGAAAGUGAGUACAGCAUGAUUGCCUUUAGUAAUGUGUUUGUACUUGAGGAGUGCAGAUUAUGAACUUCUUAUACCGAACUUUGACAGACCUGCCUCUCCUUUCACACAUUAUCUGAUAAUUUUAUUAAAACCAUGGUAAUCCCAUCAUCCCUGAAGAACUGUUUUCAGUUAUUUUAUGUCCUCAAGAUUUCAGCAGCUGGCUUCAAGUAUACAGCAAACAGAGGACUCAUUCUACAGUCCGUUUCUAGUGAUGUUUACCAGAAUUUGUCUGUGGAAGAUUGGAUUCAUGACAACAUGAAUUUAGAGAACAGACAGGUUCUUUUCCUUUGGAGAAAUUCUCCCACUGUGGUGAUUGGGAGACACCAGAAUCCCUGGCAAGAGUGUAACCUCAAGAUAAUGAGGAAGAAGAACAUAAAACUGGCUCGAAGGAGAAGUGGGGGCGGAACGGUUUACCAUGAUCUGGGCAAUAUCAAUUUUACUUUCUUCACAUCCAAGAAAAAAUACGAGAGAAUGGAAAACCUAAAAUUAGUUGUUAGGGCUCUAAAAGGCUUGCGACCCCAGUUAGAUGUGCGUGCUACAGACAGAUAUGAUCUCUUGCUAGAUGGGAAUUUUAAAAUCUCAGGUACUGCUGCAAAGCUAGGAAGGACUGUUGCUUAUCAUCACUGCACUUUACUAUGCAGUGCAGAUAAAAUAAACCUAUCUUCUGUACUGAAGAGUCCUUACAAGGGGAUAAAAAGCAAUGCCACUCCUAGCAUGCCUGCUUUAGUGAAAAAUCUCUUUGAAGAGGAUCCUACUUUAACAUGUGAGAUGGUCAUGGAUGCUGUUGCUGCAGAAUAUGCAAGAUGCCAUCAAAUUGACCAUCAUAUUACCCUAAUAAACCCAGCUGAUGAGAUAGUGUUUCCUGGAAUUAAUAAUAAAACCAAAGAACUACAAACCUGGGAAUGGAUAUAUGGCAAGACACCAAAAUUUAGUAUUAGCACUUGCUUUAACAUGGUGUAUGAACAGUCUCUCCUUGAAGUUAAAGUGGAUAUUCAUGUAAAGCAUGGGAGAAUUGAAGUUUGUAACAUAGAUUUGCCAGAGCAGUGGCUGCCACCAGCAAUGUGCAAUGAACUAGAGAAAAACCUAAUUGGCAGUAAGUUUUGCCCCAGUGAAACCACAGCAUUAGCAAGUGCUCUGCUGAGAAUAUGUCCACAAAACUAUGAGUUACACAGCAAGUGGAGUCUCUUAUGUGAGAAUGUGAUGACACUAAUGUGAUUUUCAUAAUGAAAGUGUAAGUCACAUCUUUGAUACUAACUAGUGCAUGAUUUACUAAAAUUGUAAAAUAAAAUCUGG